CCAUUAAUUCAUUGUUAGACAGAUUUAUUAUCAAAUCCCAAAUGGCUUUUAAUGUUGAGAAUGGAAACCUUAAGAAUAAAAUCCUUCCAGCGGAGGAACGACUGGAUCGCAGUUGCCGAAAGAAAAUGGAAAUCAUCCGCACUCUGACCCUUGGAAAGACGAGUCCCAAAGAUCUUGGUAUUUGCGUCACCUGGCUUGGGAUUCUAUGCCGAGCAGCCAAGAAGGAGGCUCAAGAGAGGGAUUGCCUGAUGGAGUUGAUGCUGCGGCAGUUGCAGGAGACGGGUCAGUUAUCGUUGCCCUUUACCGAUCCUUCUAAUUGUGACCGUGAUCUCGGCGAGCUGCUUACCCCGGAGGGCUUGGGUCAGCCACAGCUACUUCAACCGAAGGUCUCCAAGGAAAAGAUCGAUUAUAAUCCACAAGAAUAUCAGUGGCGGGAGAAACUACAGCAGCUGGACCAGUUGGAGGUACUUUACAAGCACGGCGAGUGGAUUGAUUCGACUUCCACGGCGAUGUCCGAGGAAGUCCGCUUGCUGGCCGGUACUGAGAGGGGUUGUGUGCUCCCUAGGGUGAAAGCAGGAGCGAAUACGGUUAGAUUCACUGACAAGACGACCGCUGCAACGAAACUCAUCACCAAGAGUCUACCAACAAAGCCGAGAGUGUCGCCUGUUCAAGGAACUUCCGCGCGUCAGAGACAGGAUCGCGAACUUAGGAUACUGGAAAUCAAUCACCGGAAGGAGAAGGAGCGACUGGAUCGGGAGUUUAGGGCUAAGCAACGUGAACAAGAACGUGCCCAGUUGGCCGAGCAGAUCAGGCUGGAUCGAGAGCAGAUGCUGACUGGACAACGGGUGUGGCAACAGGAGCGUCGCAAGUUGCAACAAAAGGUCAAGGCACGGAUUGAACAUGAGCGAUAUUUAAUCCGAAAGAAGCGGGAGGAGCUGCGAGAGCAGAACGAACGAACCAGGGAGCGACUCCAGCGGGAUCACUUGGCCUGGGAGAAAAUGCAUCGGGAACGCAGAGAAAUGGAAAGAAUGGAUCGCAUGGAGCGGGCCAAGCUCCUAUCCCCCAAUGAAGAAUUUGUGACGAUCAUGGAACCCGAAAAGCGGAUGGAAAGCGGCGAAGUGCAGCUUGCUGAAAAGAUUAUAUCCUGGAUGGUGUUGUGUCCAUCGUGUAGGGAGAACGUACGUCACAUUCCAAGUAAGUCCGUACUUCAUAGCGUGGAGCCAAAUCCUCAAUUAAAGGUGGAGGAAGCUCCAACUUAUGAAAAUGUUAAGGAAAAGGCUCAAACCAAGCUAGAAGAACCUCCAAUAGAGCAACAAGACCAAGAUAAAAAGGAGAAAAGCCGGGAAAGCCAGCGGGAGAAUAGAAUGGAAUGUGACCAAGCGAUUUCUACGGUGAAUAACAUAAAAAGGAUUCAGAAACUACACAAGGAGCAAAUGAUAGAGAUGGUAAAGCUCUUCCGGCAAUCUAGGGAAGAUCAGAUCCAAAAGAGAGCUAUGCUACAAGAAUUGGAAGUUAGGCGUAGGGCAGCACAACUUAAUGCUACACCCCGCGAGUUGGAGCCUUCCAAAAUGGAUAAAGUGGUCGAAAUUGAAAUCAUUCAAGGAUUUCAAGAAGAACAGGACUCAAAAAGAAGCGAAAGGCACUCAAAAAAGAAGGAAGAACUGGAGCUUGCCCUCCAAAAAGCAGAAUUAAUGGAACAACAAUUGUUGCAGAAACUUGAACGGGAAAGGAAAGAAAAGGAUGACCUUGAAAAGAAAGUAGCUGAGCAUCUGGAAAAUUUAAGGGAAAACAAACAAGAAAAUCUUGUAAUAGAACAGAAAAAUAUUGAAGCAGAAGAAAGUGGAAAAACAGAAAAUAAUGAGGAGAACGAAGAGGUCCAAGCACAUUUAAUAAAUUCUUCAAAGACAAUACGGAAUGAAUGUCCUUCAUUCUCAGGAGAAAAAGAGAGACAACAGGAGAAGAUCAUUGAAGAAAAAAGUAAAAAGGAAAAUCAAAAGAUCCUGGACGAUAAUACCAAAAUUGAUAAAAUGAAAUGCCAGGAAAGUCCUUCAUAUUCAAAAGAACGAGAAACACAAGAACAAAAUAAGAAAAUUGAAGAAAAAGAAAGCAAAAUGAAAAAUCAAGAUGUGCAGAACGAUAAAACAAAAGCUGAUGAAAGUAACAAGCAAGAAUGUCCUGUAUCAAUAGAAGAUCGAGAAAUGCAAGAACACAAGGAUAUAAGCGAAGAAAGAGAAAGUAUAAAGAAAAAUCAAGAGGUCCUGGACGAUAAUAAAAAAUCUGAUGAGAAGAAAAGGCAAGAAAGCCCGAUUUUCACAAAAGAACGAGAAAGACAAGAACAGAAGGUUAGGAGAAAGGAGAAUCAAGAGGUCCUGGAGGACAAAUCAAAAGACGAUGAAAAGAAACUGCAGGAAAGUGUUCCGCAAGAAGGAUCUAUUCCGCUCUCUUUGCUGUUUGCCUUAGGAAGAAAAUGGGAACAAAUGGAAAGGAAAAAUAAAGAAAAGAGAGAAAGGGAGAAGAAUGAGGCAAAAGAAAUCAAAAGGAAACUCGAGGAAAAAUCAUACCGAGAGAGAGAGGAAGAUAAAGAAAAUCAUGGUUAUGGGAAAGAUGGAGAACGAAUAAAGGACGCCAUUUUGAAAAGAAAAGUUAAUGGGAAAUUAGAAAAUAAUAAGAGGGAGAGAGAUCACGAAGAAAGAAAUGAAAAAGAAGAGGGUGUAGAAGACAAAAGAAAAGCUGGGGAGAAAUCAGAUAGGAAAAGAGAUCAAGACAAAAAACCAGAUACAAUGAAUCUUAAAAAGAAAACAGAGCGUGAAAGAAUGUAUAAUGAAUCUGGAGGAGUUAAAAAAUCUGGUAGAAGACUAUGUCCUGGACAAGAGGAGGCAGAUUUAAGAGAAAAUGAAAACGAGAAAGCAGAAAGGAAAGAAUUUGAAAUGUCCAUCGCUAAAAUAGCAGAAAUAAUCGAACAGGAGUUACGAGACAAAGUAGAAAGCGUAAGGCAUAUAGAAGCCUCUGAAGAAAGGGAGCGGGGAAGAUUUGAGAGAGAAGAAAUGGAAAGAGAUAUCAAGAAACAUCAACAAGAUAGGGAAAGGCUUCAAAUGAUGGAAAGAAAAAGUCUAGAAGAGAGAGAAAGCAGACAGGAAGUGAUGGUACAAAUGGAGAGAAAGGCUCAAAUCGAAAGAAGAGUGAAUGAAGAUCUGGAGAAAAAAGCAAUAAAGGAGCUUUUUGAAGCUGAGAAAGAAUACAGAAAACGAGAACAAAUGCAAAUUGAACACUUGCAGAAAAUGAGAGAGCAGAGUCAGAAAGGAAAAGAGGAAAUGAAACGACUUUUCCAACACUAUACGAGUUUUUGGAAAAAUCGAAGCGAGAUGGAAUCAGUGAGGGUGCAAGGAAAACCGGAAGAGAAAAGGCGCCAAGAGUGGGAAGACAGCAGUCCGGAAAUGAAGUCAGGAAGACAUGAAAGCCGCAAAAAUAGCUCUACGAAUAAAAAAUCCGAGAGGGAAAUGGAAAGAAUUCGACGAAUGGGACCGAGAUUGGAAAGAUAUCAAGAAAGUAGCGAAGAUUAUUCAGGAAAGUUUCAAGAACACACCAAACCGGUUAGCAUACAAAUUAGGCAGUUACUACAAAAUAAUGACAAUGAGUCCGUGCUGGACGAAGAGAUAAUUAGAAUGGAUAAUGAGCUGAAAAACAGACAGUACAUUGAUUUGAAAAUUCGUCAGUUUCAGGAUGGUCAAAAAUCACCUACUUCCCACCAGUCGCUGCAGUCGGAGAGAAGCGGGAGACAACGGGAAUAUAGAUCAGAAGGCGAAGAAAUGCCUCCUGGGGAUAUGGUUCCAAAAUGUACAAACGUUGUCCAAUUUAAUCGUCGUGUGCCUGAAAGCUUUCAGUUUUCAACGGUAGAACAUUCUCGAAGACAUGGACCAGAGGGUCCGUUUAAAAAACCUUUUGAUCGAUCAGUAGGAGAUCAUAGUAGCCAGUAUCCUCGUCAUCUGCACCAUCACAGUCCUAUUCGUGAAAUAAAUAGACAAAGGACAGAGGCAAACUGGCUCAAGGCGGAAAAGGAUAGAGAACAGAGAGUCCGAAGUAUCGAAAGAUUGGAGCAAAAACUAGAUUCGGAGCGACGCAAUUUGGAAGAGAAGGGAGGAGAUGAUUUCGAUUGGAUGCAACUUACAGAGAGAUCCCCGGAGGCUAGAGAUCGGCAGGUACCACAGAGAUCAAAACCCCAAAACUACCACCCAGGAUCUGUAAGAGAACUCAAUCGGUUUUUUGGCGAAGAGCGUACAGUCAGAUACCAGGAACCCAGAGGUCAACACGUUCCCCAGAGAUCUAGACCUCAAAACAAUCAGCCAGGACCCUUAAGAGACCACAAUCGAUUCUUUGGCGAAGAGCAGACAACCAAAUGCCAGGAAAAUAGAGAUCAUCGGGCAGAGAUAUCAAGACCUAAGAACUUCCAGCCAGGAGCUUUAAGAGACGAUCGAUCUUGUGGCGAAGAGCAAACAGUCAGAUGUCAGGAGCCUAGAGGUCAGAAGCCUAGAGGUCGACAGCAGAGAUCUCUACCUCGAAACUUCCAACCAGAAUCCUUACGAGACCACAAUCGACUUUUUGGCCCAGAGAAGACAGUCAAUGACGAGUCUUCCAAAGAAAUUAUAUCAACUUCAAGCAGCGGAAAACAACCGGAGUUUCGACUUUCCCUGGUUGGUCGGUUUUGCCCAGAAAGAAGAACCUAUGUAGUGGGCCCGAGGGAUAUAGAUCCUCAAGAGAUACGACAUCGUGGGGGAGAAGAACCGACAAGAAGUGAUGUUCGGAAUUUUAUGCAAAAUCCUCGACCACCCAUUCUAAAAUCAAGACAGAAAGAAAGAUGGCAGCCAUAUGAAGGUGGGAGAACCCAUUCCAGACCGGAAAUCCCACAGUCAGCACCUCCAUUACCUCAGACUUCAAAGAAAGUCUGUAAUACCAAAUGCAAAAAUUUUCACAUGGCAUUUUUGGAGAGUGCCAAACGCAUAAUAGCAGUUCUUCGCGCCUCAAACGCGAAUCCCAGUAGCUCUGAAUCCUCCGAGGAGUGUGCCAAACAUCUUGGAAAGAAGUUACCCGAACCAAUCUUCCGCAAUCUGGCCGAACCGCUUUUAGAAAGUAGCCAGGACCUGGCCCAAAAUCUCAUGGCGAUAGUCUCUACUUUGGAUGAGCAGCUUGAGAGGCAUGUGGGACAUCUUCGGCAUGAUUGGAAUGGCUUUCAGGAUCGGCGCCGAACGGUUACGAAGCUGCAGAAUCAACUUCGCCAAGCGGAGCAUGAUCAAACGGUUGCCACAUCCCGGGCAUCCGUGUUUCAUGUUUUAUACCAAUGGUGGAACUUGAACAGGAGCACUGUCAACUUGUUGAAGGAUCUAUUCUCCCAGUACUGUAACUUAAGUGAUCCUUUGGUGAAGGAAACGCUAGAUACGAUUGAAUGGUUUUAUGGCGAGUGGAGCCUGCAAAAGUUGGUUUUUGAGCAGAUUUAAGUUUGAGUUGAUGUUUACGUUUAUUUCUUAAAUUUUAAUUGUUUAUUUUGUUACUUAGUUACCCUAUUUCUUGUUAAAAUUGUCCUUGUUAACCUUUAUGGCCAUUUGUAAAUGGCUCUUAAAAUGAAAAAAAAAUAGUUAUGUCUUUCCAAAACAACAUGCACCCGUA